GAAAAACCCGUGAGCAUUGAGUUACACAUUUGCUUUAUAUGUACACAGACACUAGUGGAUGUCACAUCGAAAUAACGCCUCCACCACAUAGAUAUUCUCUCCCACUCUCCAAUUUACGAGUCCCCGACCCGAGGAACAUCUCUAUAUAAACAACCACAUCAUAUCUUUUGCUUCAAUCAACCUAAACCGUAAAACGAAAACAAAAAAUUUACAGAAAAAAAGAUGAGGCAUUUCGUGCUGGUCCACGGGGCGUGCCACGGAGCGUGGUGCUGGUACAAGGUGAUCGCCGAGCUCAAACAAGCCGGCCACAAGGUCACCGCCCUCGACCUCGCCGCCUGCGGCAUAAACCCAAGGCAGGUCGACCAGGUCCGCGACCUGGUCGACUACUCCGAGCCUUUGCUCGACUUCCUGGCUUGUCUCGAGCCGGCGGACGAGAAGGAGAAGGUGGUGCUGGUUGGUCACAGCAUGAACGGUUUCAGCUUGUGUAUUGCCAUGGAGAGGUUCCCUGAGAAGAUCGCCGUUGCUGUGUUCGUUGGCGCCACCAUGCUGGGUCCCGAUUUCGACUACGAACUCGUGGCCGAGAAGUACGAAGAAAUGUCAGCAGGGGCGGACUACAUGGAUUCUCAGGUGAUAUUUGGGAACGGCAUGGGUAAGCCUCCGACGGCGGUGUUGCUUGGCCCCAAGUACAUGGAGACGAAGACCUACCGCUGUUCUCCCCGCGAGGUAAUUCAUUCAUUCAUUCAUUCAUUCGUACUGAAUGAUCUGGAGCUGGGAAUAACGCUGGUGAGGCCAAGUCCGAUAUGGGAGCCAGAGCAAGCUGCGAAGGACACGGUGGUGACCAAGGAGAAGUACGGCACCGUCGCUCGGGCGUUCGUGGUUUGCGACGAGGAGCGAGAUGGGACCUUCCAGUGGUGGCAGAUCAAGAACAACCCUCCGAAUGAGUACAUCGUCAUUCCUGGCUCCGACCACAUGGUCAUGUUCUCCCAACCUGGUCUCCUGUCGCAAUAUUUCCUCCAACUCGCCGGCAAAUACUUCUGAUCGUUGCCGUUGGUUGGUCGCAGUUCCAUGCAAUAAUGUAAUGUCUUGUUGUAAUAUAAUAAGGAGAAAGACAUACUACCUAUUGUCUUUCAAUCCAACUAUUUGAAGACUAAUAAAAUAUACCAUUCACAGUACGUAUAUCGAUCGUAUC